AUGAGCUUUAAUGAUUCCACUCCCGUGCAAAUAUACUUCCCCAAUGACUUGAAACGGCACUUUCAGGAGUCUGUGUAUCUUUUGGGAUACAAGAUUGGCAACUCGUAUGUUAUCUUGCAAUGCUCAAAAUUUCCAAACUGUUCUGUUGAUAUUCCAGAUUUGAAAGUGGUCGGGACCAUAAACAAUGAUUCAAAGAAGUAUCCAAUAAACUUACAUUAUGAUGAUGGCGGGAUUUGGUGUCUGCUGAACCCAACAGUUGUGUUUUUUGAUCCGCCAAACUUCAGGAACUUGGAGUAUUUCUCUAUAGAGCCGAUUUUACUACAGUCAAUGGGCGAGCCUGAAAAGUUGACGUCGCCACUUGGGUCAAAAUUUGAUGUGUAUGAGCCAGAAAUAGGAAGCUCGUCUCAACUAACCUCAAUAGCAGACGAGACAGUCCUUGAGAAGAUCAAUCUGAUAUAUAAAACCAGAACAAUUUUCAAACAAGAUACGACACUGCCUGCAUCAACAGCUUUUUACACAAUUUGCAAGUGGAUAGUGAUACAUUCCAUAAUACCAGUUGUGAAAUAUUGCCAGAUCAUACUAAUAACACUGCUUCUGAUGAUAAAUUUCUCAAUACGCGGCUACUCAUUGGUGCUGAUUUCAAAGUGCUUUCGACAAUUGGAUCUUCGAUUGAAGCAAUUGAAUUACUUUCCAGUCCAGUUUCUAUGUUAUUAUGAUCGUAAAAUUUUAUAUCAAAAGGAUUCACAAAUAAUCAACAAUUUGAAGCUACCCAUUUUUAACACAAACUUAAACAUCAACAAUUCCAACUACAUCAAUUUGUACAAUUCAUUGUGGUUGAUCUUUAAUGACAUUUUACUAGGAAUUACAGUUUAUGGGUACCUUGACGAAUAUCAAGAUGAGAUUUUCAAAUUUAUCCAAUCAACAGUUUUGGAAAAGUACUUGUGCAAUGAGUUGGUUUCAUUGAUUUCUUGGGUGUCUACAGAAAACCCAGCGGGGUUCAAAUUGAAUACAGAUUUGGGAAAGUUUCUCGGUGAUUUGUACAUUUGGACAAUAUUGUUUUGGAGAGAUUAUGUGGAGAUUGUGCAGCUUACCAAAAAUAAAGCAAUAAUCUUGAAUAUUUUCAAGAUUCUUUGCUAUGGAGGUGGAUGCUCAUUUCUACUAUCACUCUUCAUUGACUGCAUUCGAUUAUUGACAUUCCACAUUUACACAUUUUACUACUGUGCCGGUAAAUUAUACAAACGGCAGCUUGAAAUUAUCAAAUCAUUGUUUCAAUUGUUUCGAGGGAAAAAGUACAAUGUACUUCGUAACAGAAUUGAUAAUUUAAACAAUUAUGAAAAUGGUGAUAUUUUCGAAAUUGAUCAAUUGUUAUUGGGCACCUUAUUGUUCAUGAUUAUGAUUUUCCUUCUACCAACAACGUUUGCGUUUUACCUUGUAUUAUCCAUCAUUCACGUCAUUGUUCUACUGGCUCACAAUUUGUUGGAGAAUGUAACCAUUGUUUUGAACUUCACUCCUAUAUUCGUGUGCCUAUUGAAAUUGAAGAACUCCAAGAGACUACAAGGAGGUAUCAAAUUCAGCUACAAUAGGUCCUACAAGGGAACAACGUCUUUAUCAAUGGCAAAUAAAUCUUUGACAUACCGAGGGAUCUUCAUCAACUAUUUAAAGCUAUUUCAAAGAUCCAAGAACUUUAGGCAUUCCCUUGUCAAAAACUUCCUAUCAGGCAACAUGAUUUCAUUCAAGUAUGAUUAUAAUCUCAAGUUUCUAUACUUGAUGUUACCAGAAGAAUACACCGAGACCACAAGUAUUUGGAAGUAUGUUACGUAG